CCAUCUCUUAGCUUAGUAAACAAGUAACCCUCAUCCGAAUGUUCCGUCUUUUCCUUGUCCGUGCGGUCGCUGCUGCUCAAGCAACUCAUCGACCGUUGGCGUUGUCGAACGGAUAUUAUGCAAGAGCAUUCACCGACAAAGCUGAUUCAUCUUCCUCACGGCAUUCCGUGAUCACUUCAUUAACCAGGACGUGUCCAUCAUGUGGGACUAUUCUUCCAACUGCGUUGCCUGCCUGUCCAAACUGCAAUUAUAUUGCAAGGAUCCACGACUCAAUAUCAUACCACGAUAUACUGGGUCUUCCUUAUGAGCCUAACCCGUUUGUGGUGGAUGCUGCACUCCUUAAACGCCGUUUCAUCGAAGCACAGAGAGUUUCGCACCCAGACGCAUGGGCAACUAAGAGUGAUUUCCAACGAGAUAUUGCACUUCACGUGUCGAAUACGGUGAACGCUGCGUACAAAGCACUGUCGUCACCCUUGCAUCGUAUAGAAUAUAUUUUGCAGCGGAAUGGCCUCAUGACUGAAGAAGCAGAUCCAUUAGAGGAUAUAGAACUCAUUAGCGAAAUCAUGGAAGUUCGAGAGGAGAUUGAAGCUGGGGACAUCGAGCGAAUUCGCACCUUAGAAGAGGACAAUGAUAACAAAAUUAGUGAAGUUGUGAGCGCAGUCACAAAAUUUGUAGCUCAAAAGAACUGGCAGGAAACCAAAGUCGCAGCAGUGCGACUGAAAUAUUUGAAUGGAAUUGCAGACGCUCUCAAGCAGCGAUUAGACAACAUGUAAUUAGACUAUACACCACAUCCUUGUUGGCACAAAAAUUGGAUAUUUAUAUGAUCAAA